AAAGAAGUCAACAAAAGUGAGAGUCUCAUCACCCUCGUUAAGUAGUUCAACGGCAACUUUUGGCCAGUCCAGGUGUCUUAAUUGGAAGUCAGCCAAAGAACAAUAAACAAUAAUUUAUUUUAUAAUAAUACUGUAGAGUGUGAAACUGUGAGGUGCGAGGAGAAAAUGCGGAGAAAUAUUAUUUUUUUAAUAAUAUUUGCGGUAUAUGCAAUAAAUGCUCAACAGUUUCAAUGUCCGAAGGACAGCGGUCAGUUCGAGGAUCCCAAUCAGUGUGAUAAGUAUUAUGUGUGCGAUGAGGGAGUAGCUACCGUUAAGUAUUGUCCCGACGGUUUAGUGUUUGAUCCUACGAAUAAAUUGAUAAACAAAUGUGAUCAACCCUUUAGUGUAGACUGCGGCGAUCGUCUAGAGCUACAGGACCCUCAGGGUACGUCGGAUUACUGUCCCAGGAAAAAUGGCUUUUUUAGCCACCCGAAUACGGAAAUUUGUAAUAUAUUCUACAAUUGCAUCAAUGGUGAGGAACUGGAAAUGACCUGCUCUGGAGGUCUUCACUUUGAUGAAAAGUCAGGAACAUGCGCUUGGCCCGAUGUGGCCGGACGCGUAGGUUGUGGAAGCAAUAGCAACAAAAAAUUGAACGAUGGUUUCCAGUGUCCAAAAGAGACACGGUAUGAUAAAAAUGGACAAAUAAUUACGCACCCCAAUUAUCCGCACCCAACCGACUGCUCGCGAUUUUACUAUUGUCUGAAUGGAAUAGAACCACGUCAGGGGCAGUGUGAUGCUGGUUUGGUUUACAACGAAGAUGUUCAGCGUUGCGAUGUACCGGAGAAUGUGCCAGAAUGCAAAGAUUGGUAUAAAGUUGAAGAUGAUAAAAAAGCGCACUAGAGAUUCGAAUAAAACAUAAAUUUUGAUAAUUUACAAAUCUGCAUAUAUGAGCGUGAAUACAAGAAGGAUCAUACAGUUGAUAAGAGAUAUCAUCAGAACUAUAGCUGUAGCGCAAUCUUCUUCACGUUAGAUUAGAGAUGCAAUGCUAGUGAUGGUAUGGAGUGUGGAGACAAUAAUUUUGGUAGAAUAUCAAAUUGUGAUUUCAAUAGUAGAUGCAUUAAACAAAAUUUCAUUUAAAA